AUGACGGCGCAGCUGGUGCUCAUUGGCAAUCCUCAUGGCACCAGUGGUCUCAAGAACUGUGCGCCAGUAACCUUGCCUGUUCAGGCUCCGGCGACGAAUGCCGCAGUGACUGCGGCACCUUUGUCAUUCCAAGGGGAGUUGCGGCCGAAGUGCUCCUUCCGUGGAAAAGCACUUCGCGAUCCAAGCGUUCAGGCACCUGUGAUGAUGGCAUCGCCGUUGGACUGUCAGUCAGCCUGUACCACACAACCGACCUGCCAGCAGUGGACCUUCUACAACAACACUGGUGGAUGCUGGCUCCAGAGCGCCAAUGCGACCGAGUUCGCAAGCGAAUUUGCCGUCAGCGGGCCAAGGCUUUGCACCGAACCUGUUGAAAGCAGCCCGUAUGAGGCUGGCCACAACAUCACACGAUCUGGGCAACGUGUCAUGAUGAGGUCGAUACCUCGACCCAAUUGCUCCAACCGUGGCCAGGCAUAUCAUCACCCAACGAUACGGACACCCACCGGUGCAUUUGUUGCGGAUGCCAAGGUGUGUCAGCUCGCUUGCCAAGCUCAGCCAAGCUGUAGCAAGUUCACUUACUACAUUGACUCGAAAGCUUGCUGGCUGCUGGACGACAAUGUCACCACCUUUGAGAGUGUGAUGGCUAUCAGUGGGCCCAAAGCAUGCGCGGAGCCAAUUGCAGUGCAGCCUGCAGCUCGGGUGAUCCUGGAUGCCCAGAUCCUCGCGCGCCUGCCAGCAAAGGUUGAACUGCAGCCGCCGUCGCAGUGGAGGCUGACAUCGACCAGCCUUGUCCUGGCCUCGGGUUUCUUUGUUUUGGCCACGGUCGGUCGUCUGCUGCAGGCUAGCACCUGGGCUGACAGGGGCAGCCGAGUGUCCGAUCUCUCGCCUCUGGACCCCGGUCACUCAUCGACAGACGAGGUUUGA